CCCGUGCUCAUUAUCGGAGGUGGUAUGACAGGCCUCCUCCUCGCCCAAGCUUUGAAGAAACUCGGCAUUCCGUAUCGAGUCUUCGAACGCGACAGCAGCCGCUGUUGGAGGAGCCAAGGAUGGGGUCUGACUGUCCACUCGUUCUCCGCCCCAAAGAUUCGAUAUCUCCUCCCUGACGUGGUGUCAGCCCAGAUACCGUCCGUCCUCGUGGACCCCGUCAAUGCUGCUGACAUGACGGAUCUGAUGAUCCUCGACAUGUCCACCGGAGAGCCUCUGACCGCCAUGCGCGUUCCCGGGAGAAUGCGAUUGAACAGGAAGAAGACCAGGGACCUCUUCCUCGAGGGCGGCGGCGGAGUGGACGUCCAAUGGAACAAGACGGUGGUCUCGUACGGCGCCACUGAACAUGGAGUUAAAGCUGUAUUCGCGGACGGCAGCGAGUACGAGGGCGGGAUGCUCGUCGGCGUCGACGGCGCGCGUUCUGUCGUCCGAUCGGUCCUGUGCUCCGACAAGGCAGCUCUUAACAUCCUUCCUAUCACGUUCCUCGGCAUCCAGCUGGACAUUACGAGGGAGGAGAUAUCCCCCUUGUUGAAAAUCGAUCCGAUUACGUUCUUAGGACUUAGCCAGGCUGCCGAUGCCUGCCUUUUCUAUGCCGUCAUGUCUUCCCCUGAGGUCAACGGCACCGCGUCGUUGGCUCCCUCGGAGCAUCGCUGGCAUGUCCAACUGAGUGUUAGCUGGCAAAAGAGGGCUGGGGACAUCAGCGUACCGGAUAGCAACGAGGGUCGGGUCCAGCUUCUCCAUCAGAAGCUGGCUCAUGUCUGGCCUCCGUUGAAGGACGCAGUCUUGAACCAUACUACUCACGAAAACAUACAGGUUGACGUGCUGUCCAUCGGCGACUGGGUCCCGCUCCAGGAGGGCUGGGACAAUCUGGACGGAAGAGUGACACUCGCAGGUGACGCUGCCCAUACGAUGACGAUGUUCCGCGGGGAGGGUUUCAAUAAUGCUGUGCUCGACGCGUACAACCUUGUCCAGGCGAUUACUCAGGUGUACUCCGAGCCGGUCUCUUCACCUAACUUUGCCGAGCAGCGCAAGAAGCUGAUCGAUGAGUACGAGCAGGAGCUCAGGGCACGGGGAGCAAGGGUCGUCCUUGCGAGCAGAGAGCAGUGCAUGAGGGUUCAUAACUGGGAGGAGUAUAUCGAGUGGACGAGGAAAAGCACUUGGGGCAUCCCGCACGAGCAGCCCAGUCCCUGAUGUUGAGUCUGAUUACGAUGUUCAAGUUGCUUCUAGUGAUGUAUACAAAGUCACGCUCCAAUCUGU